GUCUCGUUCAUCUCAGACAAGGAACUCGAGCUCCGUUGUGUUGUCCACGGCAACCGACUCACGUUAUCGCUGUCAUUAUUGUUUCUCAGCAAAGGGAAUCGUGGAUUUUAACGGGUCGCUCUGCAGGCAUGUCGAAGCUAAAGCUAAUAUCUGCAGAAGACACUCAGUACUCAGCAUCACUGUUGAAAUCUAUCAACGAUGAGCGACACAACGGUCUAUUCUGCGACGUCACCAUAAUCGUGCAAGACCGCAAGUUCAAGGCGCACAAAUGCGUGCUGUCCGCCUCCAGUACCUACUUCCGCCAGCUGUUCUCAGUCGCUGGACAAGUUAUAGAGCUGAACUUCAUCAAGGCGGACAUAUUCGACGUGAUCUUGAAUUACAUAUACACUUCUAAAAUCUACAGAGUUCGCUCGGACAGACUUGAGGAUCUCAUCAGCGCCGGUGAUGCUUUAGGCGUGACGUUUAUAGCCAAUUUAGGCACCCCGCUCGCCCAAGUCAAAGGGUUACCAGGCCUGUCCAAAGAAAGUGACAACAGCAGCGUCAAUUCCUCUGAGAAGAAUGGCACCGAAGGUGAGAAUAUGCCAAUCAUUACUGAGACGUUCUCACUGUCCGCUGAAGAGUUCAACCUGGCGAGCGGUAAUACUGAAAAGGAUGUGGAUUCAGACAACGAUGAUGUUCUGUUCGUCUCGAAAACAGAGGCUCCCCAAGCUCAAAAGACCAAGAUACCUGAUGUUAAUAACGAAGAAGGGCCUGAAGCUAAAAAACAAAAAGUCACAAAUGAGGAAUCAGUCGCUCAAGAGAGAAACGACAAGCUUCCUUCUGAAAUAAGUACCGCACUCCAAAAUAACCUUGAGCCGGAUGUUGUGCUCCUCUCAAGCCCAGAAGCCAGUAGCAACGUUCUUACUUCGCCAGUAAGAACGAGCUCAAACAGCAAACCCUCCACUCCAGUUGGUGUGAACAGCCUUCCUCCAGAUCCUCACAGCACUUCACUGCUUCCAGACAACAACGAAGUACUCGGAGUCCAAAAGAAGAAAGUCCUUCUAGAGCACUCGCCAGGAAAAAUCAGACUGUCGGAUGUAAGGCCGACGUAUAGUACCAAUAACGGACCGGUUCCAGGGAUAAACAUGGUACCGACUGUGUUGGAGAAAAAGACGAUAACUUUAGACAAAGCCUCGGAAAUCGAUUCGCUUUCGCCGGGUUGUAAAGUGUACGCCAAUAUUGGUGAAAACACCUACGAUAUUGUUCCAGUAAAAGACGAUCCCGUGGAGGGAUCGGCCCCUGGUAGGAAAUCGCAAAACUUGGAAGGUGUUCCCAGUGUGACCAAUCACUCACCUCGAGGAAAGAAAAAAUCAAAGCUGGAUCAGGAGGAUCACUAUGAACUUAUCAUGGAUGGAAAGACAUUUUACGUGUGCAUUGUGUGCAAGCGUCCCUACGUGUGCCUGACGAGCCUCAGGCGGCACUUUAACACUCACUCGUGGGAACGAAAGUACCCGUGCCAUUACUGCAGCAAGGUUUUCGCCCUGGCCGAGUACAGAACCAAACAUGAAAUCACCCACACGGGUGAAAGACGCUACCAGUGUUUACUGUGCAAUGAAAUGUUUCUCAAUUAUCAAAUCUUGUCCACCCACUGCAAGCAGACGCACAACCAAGACCCGUCGGGAAGGAAGGAGAAAGAUGACUCGUGCAACAACUUGUAUCGGCUGCUGCCGUGUAAAACCUUGCAGUUCAAACCGUAUUCCUUCGUGUCCGAAGAGCCGGGAGGGAUUCCGGUGAUUGGUGAGGAUGGGACUGUCCAGCAUGUAAACCCCAGCAAAGAGCACUUUACCAACCAGCCACUUCCAGCUAGCCAAAGCAAAGCACUGACCUGGGACGACAUCUUUGUAGAAUCGCAAGCACAAAACAGGCCGGGGGAUCACGUUCGACCGGGACCACCUCCGAGGCCUAUCGACCAAAUAAAUGCAGAAACCAGGAACGAAUUUGAGUUUGUUAUACCAGAGACGUACUGAGCAUGCUUGAGUGUGCUGCUCUGGCUCAGGUGCCUUGUUUCUAUGUACGUGUUUUAAUUUGAGAGGUGGUCGUGGAUCUCUAGACCAUUUGAUUGAAAACUCAACUUCAGUAUCCAUCAAGGUGCUUUAAUGUAUAUUUAGACAAUGUAUUUCUUAGUGUUGGUUUACAGUUCAGUUUCACAGUCCAUUAUUGAAUUGUAAUAAUGCUUCAUCAGAUAAUACGACUAAGUAGACAAUACAUAUUUUAUGUACAGCUACAUUAGAUCUGUAGAGCUGACCUUUAAUAUUUUCUACUCCCAUUUAUGUUCCGGAUAUUACAGCCAUGUUGGAUGUAAUUAGUAGGGAUCAAGUUUGUUACAGUUAUUUUUUACAAUGAUGUGUAAAUGCUUUUUGGGAGAGCGUUACAAAAAUCCCAAGUCCAAAAUCAAAAUUAUGCCUUUCGUUUUCAAAGUAUCAUUUGUAUGGAAGCCUGUUUCCGACACUGUGACUUUUUAUCUCACAAUUCUGACUUUUUUUUUUUUUAGAAUUGUGAGAUAUAAACUCACAGUUGUGAGUUUUAAAGUCAGAAUUGCAUAAUUAAAACUCACAGUUGUGAGUUAUAAAAUCAGAAUUGCAAGAUGAAAACAAUUCUGGCUUUUUUUCUUGUAAUUCUGACUUUUUUUCUCAGGAUUGUGAGAUAUAAACUCGAAAUUGCGAGUUGUAAAGUCCAGUUUUCAGGGGGGAAAAGACUGAUAUGUUCUGAGAAUUCUGAGCUUGUCUUAAUUCUGAGAAAAAAGUAAGAACUAUGAGUUUAUAUUACACAAUUCUGACUUCAUAAAUGCAAUUGCGAGUUUAUAUCUUAAUUCUGAGAAAAAAAGUCAGAAUUGCGAGUUAUAUCUCAGAAUUGCAAGUUUAUGUCACACAGUUCUGACUUCAUUACUCACAAUUGCGAGUUUGUCUAAAUUUUGAGAAAAACAGUUAAUUGCAAGAUGUAAACUAGCAAUUCUAAGAAAAAAGGUCAGAAUUGUGAGUUUAUAUGACACAGUUCUGACUUAUAACUCACAAUUGCAAGUUUAUGUCUAAAUUCUGAGAAAAAAGUCAGAAUUGCAAAAUGUUAACUCGCAAUUCUACGAGAAAAGGUCAGAAUUGUGACUAUAUAUCAGAAUUGUGAGUUUAUAUGACACAAUUCUGACUUUAUAACUCACAAUUGCGAGUUUAUGUUUAAAUUCUGAGAAAAAAAGUCAGAAUUGGAAGAUGGAAACUAGCAAUUUUAAGAAAAAAGGUCAGGGUUGUGAGUUAUAUCUCAGAAUUGCGAAUUUAUAUGACACAGUUCUGACUUUAUAACUCACAAUUGCGAGUUUAUGUCUAAAUUCAAAGAAAAAGUCAGAAUUGCAAGAUGUAAACUAGCAAUUCUAAAAAGAAAAGUCAGAAUUGUGAGUUCAUAAAUCGCAAUUGCGAGUUUUUUUCGCAGUUCUGAGAAAAAAGUCAGAAUUGCGAGAUGUAAACUCGCAAUUCUGAGGAAAAAUCUGAAUUGCGAGUUAAUAUCACAUAAUUCUGACUUUACAACUCGCAAUCAUGAGUUUAUAUCUUAAUUCUGAGAAAAAAAGUGAGUUGUAAGUUUAUGUCUCAGAAUUGCAAAUUAUGUCACACAAUUCCGACUUAAUAACGUAAUUGUAAUUGCGUGUUAUAAAGUCAGAAUUGUGAGACAUAAACUAUUCUGACUUUAUUUCUCAGAAUUGCAAGUUUAUGUCUCGCAGUUCUGACUUAAUUUUAAUUGCUUUAAUUGAUUUUAACUUGCAAUUUUAAGUUUAUAUCUCACAAUACUGACUUUAUUUCUCCAAAUUGCAAGCUUAUUUCUCAAAGUGAGUUUAUAUGACAUUUCUGAAAAAAAAAAGUCAGAAUUGUGAGACGCAAACCCGCAAUUGUGAGACAAAAGUUGGAUUUGUGAGAUAAAAAUUGCAGUUACCUUUUUUGGUUUUUAUUCAGUGGCAGAAAUAAGCUUCCAUACAUUUGAAAGAGACGCUAAUUUUCCUGUCGGCUUCGUAUUGUAAUUAUUAAUGAUUGUUUGGCACUAGAUAGUUCAGUGUUAAUGGCAGGUUUCGCUCCUGCGGUAAGAAAAGGUGAAUGUUCGUAUUUAUAGUUUUUUGAUUGUCAGCAGGUUUUAAGAAGGAUGGAGUAAAUAUGUGAAUUUUUAUGUCAUCUGUCCAGUAAUUAUUAUGUUUUACGGUUGUUUAUUUAUAUGCUGGCCAUAUAUCCUGAUUAUUUUCCCAGACAGUAAUCGAGACCUAAAGAGAAAUAUUCAUCCCUCCUGCGCUCAAGUCUAGAGAAACAAGAUACUGAAUUGUUCAGGGUAAUCAAAGGGUCAUGUUGGUAAUACAGAGGACCUGAAUAUUUUGUACAUAUAUCAUUUUUUAAACUUAUUUUUUCAGCAUAGUUUUAUCGAUUAUUUUAGCUAUGUGGGCUGUGAGAAGAAUCUGUGAAUACGAUGAGAUUCCUUCAGUCAGAACUAGUGCUUUAACACCAUAACCAUGUACACGAUAGUACUGAAGACCUUCAUUUUAACACUUUCUUCCCUUUUGGAACCUAUUUAUUAUUAGGUCUUAGUGUGAUAUAGAACGAAAUAAAACUUUGAAGAAAGUGCA